UGGUACUUCCUGUGCCUAUCGUACUAUAAAUUUAAAGUGGGCGAGUAUUCAGAUUCAUUAUUAUCUGUCCUUGAAAGUGUUCUUUACGCAAGGUUUUCUUUAUUAGCGACAUCAUGCGCCAAAAACUUAAAGAAAUUCGGGAGAUUGGACUGGACUUCGUAGAGUUCUUAGGAGAGACACAUAGAAAAUCUAUAACCGAUAAAGCCCAACUUCGAGAUAUAUACAACUCAGAAUUCAGAAACAGGGACGGAGGCAAAGACCCGAACUUCUCAACACUUGUAUAUGCUUUGGCGAGGUCCAAUAAAGCCUGUGUAUGUUCGGGGACGAUACGCUUCAAUCCUAAGGUGCGAGUGGUCUAUGAGGACCAGUGGAGGACCUCCCAACAGCGUGCUGAGCCCCCCGGCAGUGUACCCGGGGGUGCCUCUCCUGCCCCCUCUGCCGGUGCAGCGCCAGUCGCUCUGUCGAGCUCGGAGACUGGGGUGAGAGCCAGGAGGCGUCUGGCCCACCAGGUCCUGGAGUCCCUGAGACUGAAGCGGUGA